AUGCCGAGGGGGCAGCUGCUGGCCGAGUCCUGGGCAGGGUCCCCAGGUCAGCCUGAGGGUCUUGGGGAAUUGGCUGAUUUUGAUAAGGUCUCAGGAGACGUGAGGAAGCUGAGAACGAGGCCGGAUGAUGAAGAACUGAAAGACCUCUACGGGCUCUACAAACAAUCCAUAAUUGGAGACAUUGAUAUUGAGUGUCCAGCAAUGUUAGAUUUAAAAGGCAAGGCUAAAUGGGAAGCGUGGAACCUCCAAAAAGGGUUGUCAAAGGAAGAUGCCAUGAGUGCCUAUAUUUCUAAAGCAAAAGAGCUGAUAGAAAAAUAUGGAAUUUAG